UUCCGGUCACUUCUCGAGCAUUGCCUAGCGCUUUUAGGCCGUUCGAUGUAGCGAUCCAAUCCGAUCCAUCAAAUUUAAUUCCCUUCGCACGGGAAGCAGAAACGAAGCGUUGCGCUCCAGUUUCGACUGUCUCUUUAUUGCGGCAUUUGCUCGAAUACCUCGCGUUCGAUUCGAUGGAGGAUCUCCAACCGCCGGAGCCACCGUCCAAUGGCGGCGCGGCCGAGCUCAUUGAUGCAGCGGCCGCGCCUUUACCCGGAACCAAGCGGCAGCGUCGCCCUAGCGUGCGCCUUGGGGAGAUUGGCGACCAGCCCGCUGCCAUCCCCUCGGAUCCCCUAAUGCAGCGGCCUAAACAGUGGAAGCUUUCGGCUCCCGGAUAUCACGCCAAGCCCCGUGUUUUCCACCAUAGACUGCCUUCCAAGACCCGUCAGAUUGCUGCCAAACUUGAUUCUCGCGGUGACGACAGGCCGGGCACCCUCCCUCCUCUGCUUCCGACUCUGCCCGACGACGGAGUUCUCUUCUCUGUCGACGAUAGCCUCGACUCGCUCGUGCCGGGAGUAAUUAAGGUCCGCGGUGAUCCGAAGCCGUGGCGGGGUGCAAGGCGGGUUCGAUCAAACUGGGUCUUGAAGGCGGAUGAAGGCAUGGAAGACGCAGAUUUCAAAACUGGUGGCGGAGAGGAUGCUGCAAAUGAUGGGUUUCCGGAGGGGUCUGAUAGCCCGUCUCGCCGGAGGACCAGGGGAAGGGUUAGGGUUUCGGAUAGUAGGGACACUGGUCCUGUUGCGGAAGGGGAAACCCCUUCAGAUAUGGAUGGGGUAGAAUGGAUUGACCCGAACGGGCUUUGCCGUUCUGAAGAGGAUGGCGGAGUGCGGUCAUGGCUCAAGGACCUGGGACUGAGUAGGUAUGCCCCUGUUUUUGAGAUACAUGAAGUGGAUGACGAGGUGCUGCCGUUGCUGACUCUGGACGAUCUGAAAGAGAUGGGCAUUCAAGCUGUAGGCUCGAGGAGGAAGAUGUUCUGUGGCAUCCAGAGGCUAAGGAAGAACAUGGAUUCUUAAAAAAAAAACAAAUUUUGAUGAACUUGGUGAAAAGGCAUGGGAGAAGGAUUGCGUCUUUAAUAUAUAGAUAGUGUAGGUGAUCUCUAACUAACAUUAGUUUUCUUUCAAUCUUUCUUGGGUUCAUAUUGCCUUGUUUUUUUGUAAGCUGUAUACCCUGGACUCUUGUAGAACAAGAAAUUUCUCACAAAAGCUACCUUGAAAUCUGGCCAAGCAAAAGAAAUGAGUGAAUAUGAUAAUUCAAUGUACUACAAGAGGUUCGGGCUCAAGGCAAGGCCAACAAGGUUAAACCCUUCCAAAGGUAUUGCCUCCCAAAAGUGGGCAUUAUAUGGAUUCAAACGUUUGCACAUUGCCAAAAGUGCUCCUAAUCUAACUCGCUUACCACUAAACCAAACAAAUGUAGUCCUUUGGUUCAUUUUGUGUUGGCUACAUGUAUACCUUUCUGAUUAUGAUAUAAAACAUUGUUAUUGAAAUCCUCUUAAUAAGCUUCUAUGCUGCCACAUAG